CCGCCGGGCUCCCCAUCCUCCUCCUCCUCCUCGCCCCAGGCGCCCAGUGCCCAGCAGCCAGGACUAAGGCAGCCUCGCCUGCAGCCUCUCCCUCGGCCUCUCUGGGGCUCCUCUGCCGGGACUGAGUCCUGCUGCCCAAGAGUUCCAGCCCUCUGCCUCCCUCCCUCUCUCCUCCUCCUCCUCCUCUGAUCGGCUGCUUCUUUUGGGGGGAUCUGGAGAAGAUCGGGUGAGUCAAAGGAGGAGAAGGAGAAAGAGAAGGAGGAAGGAAGGAAAGAGGAGAAGGAAAACUCCAAGAGAAGAGACAAGGCAAGGGAAGGAGCCCUGCAAGGGAGACCCGGUUCCACAGGAGCCAGUGUAGAUGCCCCUUGGAGGCAGAGAAACUCCUCUGGCUGAGGACUCGGACUCGGAUUUCACGCCAGGCAUCUGGAAACCUUGAGAACUUGAAAGCGUGAGAAAGAAAGGAAAGGAAAGGAAAGAACUCUUUAAAGAAAAGUCUGGCUUAUUGGUGUGUGGAUUUUGUUUGAUUUUUAACGUUACAUCUUCUUGUUCAACUAUAGCACAAAACUACAUUGCCUAGAGAUGGAAACCAAGUGGAUCAUACGACUGCUGUUACUUUUAGCCAUUACCUUGGUUUGUGCCACAGCAAUUCCAGAAGAGAGAGAAGGAAAUUCUACUGAACAACACUUUCUAACAGCUGAUAAGAAUGUAACAGCAGAUCUCCAUUCACUAGGUGUUACUAUGAAUAAAAUCAUGACAGCACAAUAUGAAUGUUACCAGAAAAUUAUGCAUACUUUACCACGCGAGAAUGAAGAACCUCAUUGCAACAGAACAUGGGAUGGCUGGCUGUGCUGGGAUGAUGUUGCUGCAGGAAAAACAGCAGUGCAAAACUGCCCUGAUUACUUUCAGGAUUUUGACACUACAGAAAAAGUUUAUAAGACCUGUGAAGAAAAUGGACACUGGUUUGUACAUCCUGAGAGUAACAGAACAUGGACAAACUACACACUCUGUAAUGCAGAAGUAUCUUCUAAACUGCAGACAGCUUUGAAUUUGUAUUAUCUCACUAUCAUUGGGCAUAGCCUUUCCAUUGUUUCACUUUUGAUUUCUCUUGUGAUAUUCUUCUAUUUUAAGAGCCUGAGCUGCCAGAGGAUCACUUUGCAUAAAAAUCUUUUUUUCUCAUUUGUUUGCAACUCUGUUGUCACAAUCAUCUGUCUGACAGGAGUUGCCAGCAAUCAACAGCUUGUUGCCGCUAACCCUGUUGGAUGCAAAGUGGCUCACUUCUUCCAGCUUUACUUGAUGGUUUGCAAUUACUUCUGGAUGCUCUGUGAAGGCAUUUACUUGCACACACUCAUUGUGGUGGCGGUAUUUGCAGAAAAGCAGCACUUACUGUGGUAUUACCUUCUUGGAUGGGGGUUCCCAUUGAUUCCUGCCUGCAUACAUGCUGUAGCAAGAAGCAUAUAUUUCAAUGACAACUGUUGGAUUCGUUCAGACACUCAUCUAUUGUACAUAGUCCAUGGUCCAAUUUGUGCUGCUCUGUUGGUGAAUCUCUUUUUCCUGUUGAAUAUUGUUCGGGUUUUGAUAACCAAGCUCAAGGUUACCCACCAAGCAGAAUCCAAUCUCUAUAUGAAGGCAGUCAGAGCCACCCUCAUACUAGUGCCACUUCUUGGCAUUGAAUUUGUACUGUUUCCCUGGAGACCAGAGGGCCGCAUUGCUGAAGAGAUUUAUGACUAUGUGAUGCAUAUCCUUAUGCAUUAUCAGGGCUUGCUUGUGGCAACGAUUUUCUGCUUCUUUAAUGGAGAGGUUCAGUCUGUGCUGAGGAGGCACUGGAAUCAGUUCUGGAUCCAAUUUGAACACAGCUUUGCCCACUCUGAUGCUCUUCGUUCAGCUUCCUACACCGUCUCCUCCUCAAUCACUGAUGCUCAGAGUUUCACCUAUAGUCACGACUGCAACAGUGAACAUUUAAAUGGGAAAAGCUAUCAUGACAUGGAUAAUGUGGUUUUUAAAGCUGAAAAAUUGUAUGGCUGAUUACAGAAGACUCUUUCUUCCCAACCAACCCAACCCCCUCCCCCCAUAAUAUUUUUAGUGGAUACCUUCAUGAGCAGAGAGGAUCUUUUUUUCUUUUUUGGCAAGUGUUGAAGAUGGUUGUUCUUGAAGGAGGCAAUGUUUCUCUCACCUGCACAGGCAUUAACUUUUCUUUUUGUAGCAUGUGUGGGUUUCUUCUUGGUUGUUUGUACACUGGAGCUGGUCAUGCCCAUCAGAUGAACUAUUAAACAGCUUUGACCCCUGAAUUCCCCACAUUGAGAGAAAUACUGGUUGAAACUUGCAUUGGGAUCAAUCAUGCUCUAGGUGUAUGCAGACGUAUGUGUAUGUUUUUUUUACAUAUAAAUAUGUAUCAGUAUAGAUAGGUGUUGCCUAUUCAGCUUCUACUGUGUAGACAAAGUGGGCAAAUUAUUUUGUAUGAAGGGAAUCAAAGAAAAGUUUCUCUUUUUUCUAACAGUUCAUAUCAUGACUUGGAGGCCAUUUUGUUUGCUGACAAAAGCAUGUAAAUACUGUAUUUAUCAUAUUGUAUUGUCUUAAGCGCAGCCGAUAGAUGCAACCUAAUAUUGAGAAAGAAUGCAGUCACGACACAGGAUUCUUCAUAUUGGCUGUGCAACGUUUAAUUCUGACAAAGAUAGAAAGAAAUCUGCAAUAUUUUAAACUGAGAGUGUUGCAAAGCUUUAGGGUCAGCGUUGUAUGAUAUACCUCUGCGGUUUUCUCCAUAGAGAGCCUCUCAUAAGAAAGUAUGGAUAACUAGAGUCACAGGGCAUGUUUACACAGGCCAUUUGGUGUGGAUUUCCCCUGCCCUCACAUUGACCUGUCCAGACAACACAGGGCCAAAGACCUGAUUUGACUGUAGACUGUCCGCACAUGAGAAAAGCAGUCCCAUAGUGAAUCCAGGUUUACGCUCCCUCAAGCUGCUUUGAAAUAACUCACAAUUUUCUCCAGAACUUCCUAGAAGAUCUGGAGUACUCUCCUGCUGUCCUGUGUGCUGCCACCACUGUUGGAGCAAGUUGCUUCUCUGAGAUCACAAUGAGUAGUCUUAGCCAUUUGAUCGGCACUGGGUGCCUCAUUUUCUGUGUCAGCAGGAAUGCCUCUUGCUAGCAGCAGGUGGCACAACAGGAUACUGUGUGGAUAGCUGCCUGCAUUGCUCUGGAACUUGCGGGUAAUGGGGUAAGUCAGGGCAGUUUUGGAGGCAGAAUACUCCAAGGGCAGUCUGAAAUAUUCUGGCCAGCCACACCCAUCCACAGUCAUCACAUCCCACUAUUCUCUUCCAAGCAUGGCAAUGCUAUUGUGUUCCCAUGCUUGUAUUAGCUUCCUUUCCUUCAAAGAAUUUCCCUCCAUGCCUUCAUGUGACCCCAUCCAUUGAAGUAUAUGCUUGUGUAGUAGCUCUGUUUGUGGACUGGACCACAUUAACCAAAUUGAAUACCCUGUAUGGGGUUGAUUCUGGUGGAGGUGGCAGCUUGAUAUUUAAUAAAGCAAUUAGGCACUUUGCUUACCUUGAAGACUUAAAAUUCUUAUUUACUUAGUGAAAAGAAUGGAGGUGGGGACUGAUAUUCUUAAAUGUUUCAAACUGUGGUUUGUUUCCUUGGCCAGAUGUUUAGCCUCAGAGGAAAUUUGGCAGAGAACCAGCUACCCAGGCUUCUGAGGUACAGAAGCCUGGUUGUUUAAAUAUAUAUAUUUGGGGAGGUGAUGACAUAAGAUGAGAGUUGGCUUUAGUUAUAUUGAUUCUGGAUAAUAUGAAAGUGGUGCUCUUGAAGGAUUUCCUAAAUGUAAUGUAGGUAUCAAAGGCCUAACCCUACUUAACUGACUAAGGGGGAAAAGAAACUAAAAUUAGUUAUCCUGGAGCCUAUAUCAGCUAACUCUUAUACAUAUAUGUGGUUAUUACAGUCUUCAUCAUAUGAAAAAUGUGGAUAAACAAUAGUACAUCCAGACAUAGAUGAACUGUGAACUGAAUUCACUAUCUGAAUUUCAACUGAAGGUAAACUGCCUGUGUAAGAGAGAGUGAGUACUGGAGGUCAUUGCUUGGCAGAGGUGAAAGCAGUGUAUGAAAAGAGGAUACAUGGCACAGUAAUCUCACUUGGAGAGUUACUGUUUGCAGCCAGCAAGAAUUCUAUCCUGCCCCAUCUAUUUCACAGACACAUAGAAAUCUUCACCAGAAACACUGAGACAGAAGCGAAGACUUUGUUGCCUUUUUGUCCUAGAAAUACAUUUGUUGUUAGAAGAGACCAAAUGUUGACAAAACUGAUCACAGCUGACACCUCACUUUAAGCACCUAAGCUAGGAAUAGAUGUUUGACUUAGAUGGUGCAACCAAUCAUCAAUUUUGCAUUGGUGCUUUAAAGGGCUUAAUUCUUUUAAAGGCAACAGAGUUUCCUGCCCUUUUCCCCUCAUAUUAAAAGUUUUAUCGGGGGGGGGGGGGGGGAAAGCCAUGCAUUUUAUUCUGUCUCGUGCAAAAACCUCAAGGGCAUUUGGCUUGCACUUUACACCAGAAAAGAUGUAGUAUGUCUUUCAAAGUUGUCUGGAAAUAUAAUGUUCAUUCAAGCUGCUUAAAUCCAAUAUAGGGAAUGGGUUGGCUUAACUGGAUGCAAGAUUAUAACUUUAUAUGUUUAUGAAGGAAGCCUCUUGAUAUCUGCUGUGUAAGGGUUAACAUACUCCUUGGCACUCCAUGUUAGAGAAUGUUAUACUGCUGCCUUGGGGAAUCAAAUGACCUUCUAGAUAUAGUUGGACUAAAACUCACUACAGGAGGGGUGGCAAGGGGGUCACAUUACUCCCGCAGAAGAUGUUGGAGGACUACAUCUCCCUCACUGGACCUUCUGCAAAGAAAAUAUAAAUAAAAUAAAAAUAGUCCUCAACACUCCCUAUAAAAUGUGGGGGUAUUUUGCCAUUUUUAAGCCUCCCCUGCCCCAAGAGAGGCUUUUUUUUUAACAACAGAAAAUUAUUGGAAAUCCAUGGGUCACACUCGGCCCACCCCACCUUUCAACCCUAGCCAUCACAGCCAGUGAUGAAUGCUGGGAGAUACAGUUUAUCAUACCUGGAGGGGCAAAUGAUUCCUAUCCCUGAUUCACAUUAAGAAGUGCUUUAUUCGGUGGAUAAUGCCACUGUGGUUGUUUUUUAAAAAAUAAAUAAUAAUAAUAAAGUGCAUGGUUUGGGGAAAGAGUUCUAUAAAUAAUUUGGAGCCAGUGUAGUGUAGUGGUUCAAGCAUUGGGCUGAGACUUUGGGGAACAGGUUCAAAUCCCUGUUCAGCCAUAGAAACCUUGAGCAAUUCACAGUCUCAGCCUCAGAGGAAGACAAGGCCAAAAUAUUCUCUGAAGAAAUCUUGCCAGGAAAACACCAUCAUGGGUUCACCCUAAGGUUAUCAUAAGCCAGAAAAAUGCUGGAGGCCACAAAAACAUAAAUAAUUAGAUGAAAUUGUAAAUACUUUAAAAUGCAGAAUGCAGGCCUUUGUGGAAAUGUAUUGUUUUUGAAACAUAUUUCUGGUAUAUGGAAUAACAAAAUUAAGAGCUCGAAGCACAGGGAUUCCUGAAAAGUCAAAGGGAAAAAAUUAAUUUGUUCUUAGAAAUCUGUAGUUAAUUUAACGUGAAAGAACAAGAGACAUCCUGCGACUACCAGUGUUGAAAGAUGUUUUCAUACAAAAGUCCUUCUGCCUUGUGAAAACAGCUGGCCAGGGAUGAAAUGAAAGUUUCUUCAUCUUUCUCAGAAUAACAUCUGGUUUUGAAGUAUUAUGUUGGAAGAUGAAAUGAUUGGUUUCCUCCUUUCUCAGAGUUGUGCAUUAAUUGUUAUUCAGCAAGCUUGAGUUCAUUGGCAGCUAAUUUGUCAGCGUUUAUGAUGCCUUGAAGGCUGAAAGUCUUCAAAUGGUUGUAAUCAUGAUAAUAUAGUCAUAUUUGGAUGGAAAGUAUUAGCAUGGAACAUGCUCACUGAAUGCUUGAUAUUUUGCUGUUUCAAUCAAUAUACUUCUGGGUGACAGUUGAAUGUAUAAUGAAAUGGCUACUUGGUGUUAUAAAAUUAAAGCGAUUGCGUUUUCAGCACCAAAUAUUUAUUGUGAAAAGCAUGGACAUACCUCCUGAGGCUAUGGAGCAAAACAGACCGCUCCGCAUCAUCCUUGGGAGUGUCAGAUUGGGCCCACAGCAACCACAUGCUACAACCCCAGUCCAGCAGUUUGGCAGCUCAAAAGGGCCAGCAAAAUGCCUCUUCUAGUUAAAGCAGCAAAAAGCACGCUCAUUGGCACAGUAGCAGCUUUUAGGUGUUUCUUUGGCACAGUGCAUCUAAACACUGCACCAAAGACACGUCCUUUCUCCGCCUGCCAUGCAGUCAGGCAGGCAGCGUGCUGCUGGCAUUGGGGCAGUGUCAGAGUGUGCAGCAUGUGGAUGCCGCAUUCUGCUCUGAGGUCGGUGUUAAACACCAGUCUGUUUAGCCCCUAUGUGAUCCCUGGCAGUGCAGAAAGGCUACAAAAUUUACCUGAAGAUAUUUCUCUUUGUGAAAAUGAUAGCAUUAUUAGGCUUUAAGGGUUACCAAGAUACUGUAUACUUAAAAGCAUAUGCUCAGAUCUGAUUUCAAAAAAAAAUUCCAUUGAAAGAUCCUUCCUGACCGUUAUAUAGGAAACCUAAAUAUUAAGAGAAAAUUAUGCAAAAUAAUUUAAACUGGGCAGAUUUCCAUAUUACAGUUGUCAAAUACUACCCUUCCUUGUAAACAGAUUUUAAAUUUAUAAGCCUACAGUGGACAUGCUCUUGGGGAUCACAUCUGGACUGAAGGUUACGCAAAAUCAAAAGUCCUGUUUCAUUUCUACUGAAUGCAUCAUUUUUUAAUGAAGACACACAGACCCUGCCGCUUGCUGUAGCCAUGACAUCACUGAAGAAUGAUUGUUUAUUUUACAUCUUUUUCCCAUGGAUCUUUGGUCAAGGGUGUGGUCCCUUAGGGGUUGUCCCUGCCUUUCUGAAGUAGCACAAGAAGAGGCCCUCUAAUGUGUCAGAAAGCUGUGGCAUAUCCUUCUCUUUUCAGAUUUUAAUCUUAUUCUCUGCUUGGUUGGCACAAAUUUGAGAAGAAAUCAGAAUCAGUUCCUUGCAUCCAAGGCUAAGUUGUGUAACUCAGCACAUCUGUGAUUUUCUUUUAUGAGUCAAGAAUGCUCCACAAUGCAAUAUGGGAUACCUGUGUACAUCUGGAGGAUUUCUGUUCUAGAAAACAAUGGGAAGCAUUGGGGAUAUGGAGCUCUGGAUUAUGCCCAUGUUCCUCAUGACACAUUUUAUGAAAGAAUUCUACUUUCAGUCUGAUCUACCCAUCCUUUUCCAGCACUGACCUGGAGGUUAGGGCAUUUUAAUUUUGGUGCUGAGCUUCUCACCAGACUAACAGUUUAAGGCUCUUUUCAAACGUGCAUGGUCAUUAUAUUGUAUCUUUUUCACUUGUGGAUUCUCAGGUGAAUAUCUGAACUGCCUCCUUUGAAAAAUACUGCAUUCAUGUGGAUAUUAGAUGGUAAGAAAGCUUUUUCUGAUGGUUUAUUCAGACUUACAUGCAGAGUAUAUAAAAGUUAAUUUUAAUGUCCCAGAAUCCUAAUCAAGUAUGCUGGAGCUCUGGGAAUUUUAUCCCAAAAUUAACUUUUCCAAGUUCUGCAUGUAUGCCUUUGCAGUCAACUAAAAAAAACACCCCAGUUGGUUUGAAUGCAGGAAUCAACUCACUUGUUUGACAAUCAAUAAGUUAUUGUAUGUAUGAUAUAUUACCUUAUCAAUGUGAACAAGAAUAACCUCUGUGAAGGUGGUUGAAAGUGCUUUUAAAGCUGUUAUUUCAGUUAAUCACUGAAGAUAUAUGACACGGGAAGGAGUCGGACAAGGUAAUUUUUUUUAAGGCUCUCACCUGACUUUUCAUAUCUAAUAAUGAAUAUGUAAAUUCUAAUGUUUAUGAACAGUACUUCAAAUGAAUGAAUAUCUAUUUUUGUGCAGAUGCAUUCAAUUAAUAAAAUGUCAGAA